AUGGAGAGCCUCAUAACUACAAUCUCUUGUCAUCAUGAAACCCCAGUGUUUGACGUGGGCCCGCGGAUCGCUGCGAUCGGGUUGCUUGGAGUAAGUGAAACCAUAGCUAGCUUUAUUUAAGCUUUUGUGGUUAGGAAACUUGAACAAGUAUUUCGGUCUGUAAAGACACUACUUUUCAAGGAGCCCCUCUUUCCCUGUGUUAGAGGGCAAGAAAACAGCAAGUCCUUAUUCUGACAAGGAAGCACACUCAUUCAGCUCUUUGUAGUUUCUCUGGAUUGACUUCCCACCAUUUUAUCAGUAACCAGGACAGAGGUAUUAUUGGUUUGACUUCAAUGCCUUGUUAGCAAAUCAAGGUUAUGUUUGUCAAAUGAUCAGGUUAGUGUUUGAUGUAGAAGUAUUUUUUACUGUACUUCUGCUAUAAAUGUAACGGGAUCAAGAAAUUGCCAGUUUGGAUGUAAAAUGUAGCAAGCAAUAUCUACAGCAAUAGUUCUACAUAUUCUUUCUGACCUCAUAAGUACUGUAAUAGGCCCUUGAGCUAGCGACCAACCUCAACGUCUUGUUGAAAAUGUGCUUUGUUGUUGUCAAGACGAAGGUUGGUUUGUCGAUCCCAAGUCAUUGUCUUGGUCAUAGUGCUCGUUGAGUUAUGAUAGGCCUUCACCUUUUAUUCAGUCAGACCUUUAAACAUGUAGCCAAAUCCCUUGCACCUAAGUCUGCAAGAGGGAACCAAAGUCUUUCUGUUUUUCUAUUUUUUGGGGGGUAAUUCUCUCACUCAGCCUGGUCUCAUUGACUAGAUGUGACAUAGUAAAUGUAAAUCCGGGACACUCAAAUCAGUAUGAUAUGUUACGUUUGGUAUGGUUACAUACCAAACAUCAUACUAAAUGGAUGUCUCGGUUUUACGUACCGAAUAAUACGAAAUGCUCUGAGACCAGGUUGUCUCACUUUGCUGUUAACAUUUGUAACAGUGGAGACAAAACCUUUAUCUGCCAGUUUGACCCUUUGACUUUGAUGAUUUGAGAAGCUAGAGAAAGUAAUCUGACGUUUUGGCCUUUAUUUCACCUGCUAUGACCUUUUUACCACCUUUUUCAGGAGUUAAGUGGAUGCUUUUGAUGAGGGAGAGCCAGUGCAGGGGGUAAGGUCUGAAAAGUGAGUUGUUAGAAUUCAAAAUUUAAAUCUCAAAGGUUUCUUUCCAAAUAGUGGUCUCGAUGCACUUCUUUCUAUUUUGUUGGUCAGUGUUAUGAUGAGUUCUACAAUACCAAUCUGAGGUUUUAAAGUUUUAGCCACGAUGGGAAAGGCAAGUGUUACUCUAGUCUUUCAUCAUUGUCUGGAUUUUUACUCUGGUGCCAUUUUAAGGAUUCUACCGUCUCUCUAGUUGAGUCUUUCAUCUGAGAGCUUAGGGCCAGGAUGAGAUGGAAUGGGAGCUGGAUUUAACAUAGGUCUUUCCAAAAGAAUAUUUGAGCUUUAGUGCAUUGGACCAGAGGAGGCUGGUGGGAGGAGCUAUAGGAGGAUUGGCUCAUUGGAAUGGAAUAAAUGGAACGGAGCCUCAAACGCGUUGUUUCAAUGUGUUUGUGUUUGGUGCCAUUCCAUUCCAGCCAUUACAAUGAGCCUGUCCUCCUAUAUCUCCUCCCACCAGCCUCCUAUGCAUUGGACAUAGGGUCAAAUCUGUGAUCUAUUCUUACCAAUACUCACAUUGUGGUUCAUGAUGACAAAGGUGAAGUUUUGGAAUAUAAACAGCAUGAAAUAUCAGCAACAUUGCUAUCCGGGAGUGUCGGACGGAAAUUCUGAGGUGUUCUGAUGUUGUGCCUUUAUUUUCCUCAUGGUCGUUGCUGAAGCUACUGCUGCGGUGCCCCUGUUUGUUUAUUUCUUAUUAGUACCUGACAAAGAAAUGCUAUAUAUAUAUAUAUAUAUAUAUAUAUAUAUAUAUAUAUAUAUAUACUCUAAUAUAAAACUCUUAAAGUGACCAGCUGUAAUUCUGGAUGCAGUCUUAGAUCCAGGUUGUUCAGGAACCAAUUACCUCAGACCUCACGUGAAACAGUGUUGUUAGCUGGAUAGUCGUCGACACUACAGAAUAAUGGUGUACACUUUCGUCAUGACAACAGGUUACCUCGUUUGUACUAGUGUAACAUGUAUCAUGCACCCCUUGACAAUGUGAAAACCCUUGUCCCUUCUCAGCAUCUCACCUCUUUUUAUUUUUCAACAGCAAAGAAAUUGUAUUGUAUGGAAAACCGUUUUCAAGUGCUUCGUCUGCUACUUUCCCCAACUGAAAUUGUUAGUGUAUAGCGGUUUAACAGCUCACUCUGUCAUCAGGCAGAACUGAAACAAAAUGGUUCUGGUGAUUGCUACUGACUGAGGAUUUUUUCAGACUGUUAAAACAUUCAGUUGGCUGAGAUUUCAUUCUAGCCCUGUCUAGCUCGCAAAAAAGCCCCCAUAACAACACUAAUUACCAUUGUACCCUAAGAUUUGGUUAUCAAUCCCACUUGGAUUCUUCUUAUUUUUACUUUACCCAACUCUCUAUGAGCAUCUCUAACUGUUAUUACUUUGUGUAUUUACUAUGCGCAGACAGUGGCUCAGGCCAUGUGAACAUUACCUCAUGUUUUCCCAGAGAUCAGUGUUCAGGUCUUGUGUCAAUCAGCAGCAGCGAGCUGUGAGCCCGGCCAAUUGACUUAUCCUCUUAAAGUAUUAAGACCUUUCCCAGCGGCGGAGAACUAUUGAUUCUGCCAAUUGCUAAAAACGUCCCACAACUUCUUUUUAGCCUCUGGGUUAGAAUAGCUUGCUACUCUAUGCUUUAAAAAGCCAUUAUUCCAUACAGUGCCAGUUUCUUUCGCUCCUUUAAAAAGAGGUGGGAUUUGCUGUUGGUAGACAAUGUCAAUGGUGAAUGUUCGUUUUUUCCUCCUAAGAGCUUGCCAGUGGCUCCUUGCAUUGUUUGGAAGUGUUCAACCAAACAAAACCGAAAAACAAUUCCACUGCAAGGACUAAUUCACAAUGUCUUUCUUCCAAGACCCACCAAAACAAGGGUGCAGGAUUCGGCAAACGGGUCAGGGGGGGGGGGGGGGGGUUCUUUCUUGUUUUGUCAAGGGGUCUUAUUUAAAAGUGUUGUUUCUAUACCAGGAUACGUGAAAUGUAAAUGUUGUAGGUUAUGUUUCACUAUUGUAGCUAAAUUGUAGAACAGAGAUGGCUUGUACUACUGAUUUUAACAUAAAUAUAGUAAAAUAAUCUGUAUAAGACUAAAUGUAUACAGAGAGUUGAGCUUGUUGCUGUAACCCCUCUUUUGGAUUGAAUAAUAUGUUUAAAAGUUUUAUAUAUAUAUAUAUGUAUGUAUGUAUGUGUGUGUGUGUGUAUAUAUGUGUGUGUGUGUAUGUAUGUAUGUAUAUAUAUAUAUAUAUAUAUAUAUAUAUAUAUACACACACACACACAUACAGUGGGGGAAAAAAGUAUUUAGUCAGCCACCAAUUGUGCAAGUUCUCCCACUUAAAAAGAUGAGAGAGGCCUGUAAUUUUCAUCAUAGGUACACGUCAACUAUGACAGACAAAAUGAGAUUUUUUUUCUCCAGAAAAUCACAUUGUAGGAUUUUUAAUGAAUUUAUUUGCAAAUUAUGGUGGAAAAUAAGUAUUUGGUCAAUAACAAAAGUUUCUCAAUACUUUGUUAUAUACCCUUUGUUGGCAAACGUUUUCUGUAAGUCUUCACAAGGCUUUCACACACUGUUGCUGGUAUUUUGGCCCAUUCCUCCAUGCAGAUCUCCUCUAGAGCAGUGAUGUUUUGGGGCUGUCGCUGGGCAACACGGACUUUCAACUCCCUCCAAAGAUUUUCUAUGGGGUUGAGAUCUGGAGACUGGCUAGGCCACUCCAGGACCUUGAAAUGCUUCUUACGAAGCCAAUCCUUCGUUGCCCGGGCGGUGUGUUUGGGAUCAUUGUCAUGCUGAAAGACCCAGCCACGUUUCAUCUUCAAUGCCCUUGCUGAUGGAAGGAGGUUUUCACUCAAAAUCUCACGAUACAUGGCCCCAUUCAUUCUUUCCUUUACACGGAUCAGUCGUCCUGGUCCCUUUGCAGAAAAACAGCCCCAAAGCAUGAUGUUUCCACCCCCAUGCUUCACAGUAGGUAUGGUGUUCUUUGGAUGCAACUCAGCAUUCUUUGUCCUCCAAACACGACGAGUUGAGUUUUUACCAAAAAGUUCUAUUUUGGUUUCAUCUGACCAUAUGACAUUCUCCCAAUCCUCUUCUGGAUCAUCCAAAUGCACUCUAGCAAACUUCAGACGGGCCUGGACAUGUACUGGCUUAAGCAGGGGGACACGUCUAGCACUGCAGGAUUUGAGUCCCUGGCGGCGUAGUGUGUUACUGAUGGUAGGCUUUGUUACUUUGGUCCCAGCUCUCUGCAGGUCAUUCACUAGGUCCCCCCGUGUGGUUCUGGGAUUUUUGCUCACCGUUCUUGUGAUCAUUUUGACCCUACGGGGUGAGAUCUUGCGUGGAGCCCCAGAUCGAGGGAGAGUAUCAGUGGUCUUGUAUGUCUUCCAUUUCCUAAUAAUUGCUCCCACAGUUGAUUUCUUCAAACCAAGCCGCUUACCUAUUGCAGAUUCAGUCUUCCCAGCCUGGUGCAGGUCUACAAUUUUGUUUCUGGUGUCCUUUGACAGCUCUUUGGUCUUGGCCAUAGUGGAGUUUGGAGUGUGACUGUUUGAGGUUGUGGACAGGUGUCUUUUAUACUGAUAACAAGUUCAAACAGGUGCCAUUAAUACAGGUAACGAGUGGAGGACAGAGGAGCCUCUUAAAGAAGUUACAGGUCUGUGAGAGCCAGAAAUCUUGCUUGUUUGUAGGUGACCAAAUACUUAUUUUCCACCAUAAUUAGCAAAUAAAUUCAUAAAAAAUCCUACAAUGUGUUUUUCUGGAAAAAAUAUUCUCAAUUUGUCUGUCAUAGUUGACGUGUACCUAUGAUGAAAAUGACAGGCCUCUCUCAUCUUUUUAAGUGGGAGAACUUGCACAAUUGGUGGCUGACUAAAUACUUUUUUCCCCCACUGUAUAUGUGUAUAUAUAUGUAUAUGUGUAUAUAUGUAUAUAUAUAUGUAUAUGUGUGUAUAUAUAUAUAUGUGUGUGUGUGUGUGUGUGUGUGUGUGUGUGUGUGUGUGUGUGUGUGUGUGUGUGUGUGAAAUGCCCAGAAAAAAAUCCAACAUCCAUUGUUAUGCCGUAACGACGAGGACUUUUUUUGAAUGAUCAUUGUAACAUAGUUUUUUAAUUUGCAGUGGUUCAUUGUUCCUUUUUACUGUGGUAAUUUUAGAACUCAGUAUCCAGAGUUUGAAAUAGAUUUGCCUUGUUGAGGUGUGGCUGUUUCGACUCUGCACUUGGUGCCAGAAUAAACCAGUAUGAAUGUAGUAUUUGUCCAGUGUGAAACAACUACACCCUGACUGUUAGAGAAAAAAUACUAGAAAGGAUUAUUUCAUUUUGAUCUUUUUGUAUAUGAAAGUAAACAAUAAAAUACUGUUAAAGCAUUUGAUUGCCGCGUCUACGUUCUUUAUGUGCCUACAUUGUCCAUGACGACAGUUGUUAUUUUACAUAUGUUGUGGUUUGGCAGACCCAGUUAUCCAGAGCAACUUCCUGUAGUGAGUGUAUACAUUUUCAUACUUUUUUUCUUACUGGUCCCCCGUGGGAAUGGAACCCACAACCCUGGUGUUGCAAGCGCCAUGCUCGACCAACCAAGCUACACCGACCUUGUUAAUCAGAAUUAUAUGUAUGUUUAUUUACAGUAUGUGUGUUCAUGCGUUUUCUAGUGUGCUAGUAUGUUGAUCACCGCAGCAUAAUAAAAAAUAUAACGUUUUUAUGUGAUAAUGUUGAGUGUAUUCUGUGUAGGCACAGUGGCCUUGAAUGGAGCUGACUGAAUGUUGCUUCUCUGGAAUGCUAUGUUGCUUCAACUGUGAAAUGCUCCACCUGCAGUGAACAAACACGUACAGCAGUGGGCUAAAUGCCUCUACUACUCAUACUUACACAAGAUUACUGCACAUCUGAACUCACCAAGGCUCCUCAGUCCUACAGAAACAUACAGCACAGCAGAACUAGAGUGAUUCAUUUGUAAUUCUUUACAUUUUUGUUCAUGCUUGAGGUGUAGCCUGUUCAUCUAUUUGUGCUAACUGUAGUAUGUGAGAACAUGGGCUCGCAUAGCCAGACAUUGUAAUCGGAUGGGCUAUUUUUUACAGGCUUCUGUGAAGUCUUCUGUUAGGAAAAAAUACUGAACAAAAAUAUAAACCCAACAUGCAACAACAAGAUUUUACUGCGUUACAGUUCAUAUAAGGAAAUCAGUCAAUUGAAAUAAAUUAAUUCAGCCCUAAUCUAUGAAUUUCAUAUGACUGGGAAUACAGAUAUGCAUCUGUUGGUCACAGAUACCUUUAAAAAAAUGUUAGGGGUGUAGAUCAGAAAACCAGUCACUACCUGGUGUGACCACCAUUUGCCUCAUGCAGCGCGAUACGUCUCCUUCGCAUAGAGUUGAUCAGGAUGUUGAUUGUGGCCUGUGGAAUGUUGUCCCACUCUUCUUCAAAGGCUGUGCCAAGUUGAUGGAUAUUGGCGGGAACUGGAACACUGUUGUACACGUCGAUCCAGAGCAUCCAAAACAUGCUCAAUGGGUGACAUGUCUGGUGAGUAUGCAGGCCAUGGAAGAGCUGGGACAUUUUCCGCUUCCAGGAAUUGUGUACAGAUCCUUGCGACAUGGAACCGUGCAUUAUGAUGGCGGCAGAUGAAUGGCACGACAAUAUAAUAAUAAUAUGCCAUUUAGCAGAAGCUUUUAUCCAAAGCGACUUACAGUCAUGCGCGCAUACAUUUUUACGUAUGGGUGGUCCCGGGGAUCGAACCCACUACCCUGGCGUUACAAGCGCCAUGCUCUACCAAUUGAGCUACAGAGGAUGGGCCUCGGGAUCUCGUCACGGUAUCUCUGUGCAUUCAAAUUGCCAUGGAUAAAAUGCAAUUGGUUCGUUGUCCGUAGCUUAUGCCUGCCCAAACCAUAACCCCACCAUCACCAUGGGGCACUCUUCACAACGUUGACAUCAGCUAAAAGCUCCUCCACACGACGCCAUACACAUGGCCUGCGGUUGUGAUGCCGGUUGGACGUGCUGACAAAUUCUCUAAAACGGCAUUGGAGGCGGCUUAUGGUAGAGAAAUGAACAUUAUAUUAUCUGGCAACCUCUCUGGUGGACAUUCCAAUUGCACGCUCCCUCAAAACAUGAGACAACUGUGGCAUUGUGUUGUGUUGUUACUAGGUACCCAAAUACACAAUUAAUCAUAUGAAAAAGUAGCCACAAAUACAGCCACCAGCUAAAUGUGGCUGUAUUUUCAUUUCACUGUCAAAUAGCUAACUAGAUUGGUAGAAUCUUGCCCUAUUGUUGUCUGUCUGAAUAACACCAAUGCUUUGUUACAGUUCCUCAAGUCCAGCAGGACAUAGGGUGGUAUGACUUCCCCUUGACAGGAGCUGAGAUGCGAUGCUACGCCAACCACACAUUGUCCUACGACCAAGCCAGGAAAAGCACUGAGAUGGGUCGCAGAGCACCUGUCACACGAGAAACUAUUAGGUAAUAAUUGAGUAAUAGGCUAAUGUUAAUGUACUAAUUUGGUAAUAACAAUGAGAGAUACAGUUAGAGCGAGAUCCUAGAUGUGACUCUUCUUCUUGCUGCCGCAGGGAAAGCCGACAGAAAGCACUACGUUCAAGCUAUACCCCAGUAUCCCAGAACCCUUCACUGCACACAAUGCAGACUACCUGGGCCGUGGCUGGUCCAGAGGCCACAUGGCCCCCGCAGGAAACAACAAGUCCUCGGAGGUACCCUACCCCAGGGGUUCCCAAACUACCCCAGGGAGUCCCCCUUCCAGCAUUGGGGAACAUCCCGCACCCCCCCUGCACGCACCAAGUCUAUUUCUAUGAUCACAAGCACUGUUCAUGACACAAACUGUUCAUCCUCCUCUUGUUGGUGGAGAGAAUUCGGCAGGUUUAAAGCUUAUUUCCUGCAAUUCUACACAUUUUGUCAUGGGGUGCAAAGAAAAUGCUGCAGUUUAAAGCUAUACAUUGUGCCAUGUCUAAUGUGUAUUCAUGUGAUAUUUGAGUGACAAAAAAAUUACAACAAUAUCUAUGAUAAAAAAUUAAUAAAAAUUACUUUAGCUGACAUGGGCUAAUGAACUGGACUUUUCUGACAAGUUAUAAAUAGCUCUCUAGGGUAUGCAAUGACUGACAUGACAAGAGGAACUGAUGAUGCACUACCCAAUUUCGAAAUUGCACCUUGUGCAUUCUACUAUUACAACCUUCAAGAGUAAGUUUAAAGCCGGACUGAGUUCCUUCCUCGCGCGCCCCACAGUUUGGGAACCACUGCCCUACCCUACCAACACACAUGUCCAACACGUUGGUGUCAUUCUAGGUCCUCGUUACAGUUUACAUUAAUUCUGUUUACAGUCCACAUGAUGUUUGAUCAGGAAAGUCAUCUUUUGGUUUAGAACAGUAAGCUGAUCUUGUUGUAUUGUCUCGUCAUCAGUCGAUGGCGUUUACACCAGUGACUUUAGUCCCUUUGUUUUGAAGGUAUGUGAUAUGAAUCACUCUCACAGAAUGGUCUAUGAUUCUGUCCCUGUCAACAGCAGUCAAUGGCCGAGACCUUCUAGCUGUCCAACAUUGUGCCCCACAACUAUGAAAACAACGCCAGCUAUUAUUCCACAAGUUAGGUGAUACUACUUGGUCCUAAUACUGUAUAUAAAUGGAAUGACAUAUGCUGAAAUGAAACUCUCUCAAUCUAAUCUACCUGAAGGCUUACUUCACUUUCAAGUCUCUCAAACCUGUGUGGCUCCAGAUUAAUAGAGACUGUUUUCUAUUCCAGACUGGAGAUGUACUGCAGGGAGCUGGCCAAGCGCUUUGACGACAUGUGGCUCAUAUCAGGACCUCUGGUUCUUCCUGAAGAGGGGGCUGAUGGGAAAAAGACAGUGUUCUACCAGGUAACUCAAGCUGUUAGGCGGACCACACUGUACAGUCCAGGGUGACGUUUCCCCUACGUACAGAUCUAGAUCUCCCCGUUUACCAUUAGUAGGGGAAAUGUAAAAACUGACCCAAGAUCAGUGUGAAGGGGCAACUUCUACCUACAAAUCAAAACAAAAUAAAAUUGUACUUGUCACCUACACGUGUUUAGCAGAUGUUAUUGCGGGUGUAGCGAAAUGCUUGUGCUUCUAGCUCCGACAGUGCGGUAAUAUCGAACAAGUAAUAUCUAACAAUUUCACAACAUACACACAAAUCAAGUAAGGAAUGGAAUUUAAGAAUACAUACAUAUAUGGACAAGCAAUGACAGAGCGGCAUGGACUAAGAUACAGUGGAAUAUUAUAGAAUACAGAAUAUACAUAUGAGAUGAGUAGUGCAAGUUAUGUAAACAUUAUUAAAGUGACUAGUGUUCCAUUUCUUAAAGUGGCCUGUGAUUUCAAUAGGCAGCAGCAGCCUCUAAUGUGCUAGUGAUGGCUAUUUAACAGUUAGAUGGCCUUGAGAUAGAAGCUGUUUUUCAUUCUCUCGGUCCCAGCUUUGAUGCACCUGUACUGACCUCGCCUUCUGGAUGAUAGCGGGGUGAACAGGCAGUGGCUUGGGUGGUUGAUGUCCUUGAUUAUCUUUUUGGCCUUCCUGGUACAGUGUCCAUAUAAUGUCACUGGUCCUAGUUUGUAUGAGAGCUCCAAAAAUAAUUGUACUGGUAUUUAUAUAAUUGGUAUAAUCUAUAAUAUACAAUCUAUAUAGUAUGAUGUGUGAGAAGAGGGAGGAGGCAGUGUGAUGGUUCUUUUCUGGAAAUGUCAGUGCAGCCUCAUGGCCACUAGAUGGCAAUGUUGAACAAAGAAUCCCUCGUGGAUGUUGCCCAAUAUCUUUUGAAAGGCUUCCAACCAUAGCCGUUGGAAGAUUUUUUGGGGUGGGGGGUGCUAUCAGUCCGCUAAUACAGGACUAGUAAAUGCCCAGUGCACUACUUUUGUGAAAUAUGUUUAUUUUUUCUAAAUUUUUUAAAUGUAUUUAUAUUUUAUUUUCAUCUCGAUUUUUAUAGGGGUGCUGCUGCACCCUCAGCACCCCUACUUCCUGCGGCUAUGACUUCCUACCCUCAGAAAACACAAGUACUAAGUUGUUAUUUUUUCAAGGACAAUCUUGAACACCACCCCUAUUGUCACUCAUAAAAGAGGCUUGCUCAUUCGUAAUAUUACACUUGCUAGAUUCUGCCAGUGGUUGUUCAGUAGUUUUAACAUCUGAAAGAAAAACUAAAAACAGUCCAUCAUGAUGCUGCGUCAUCCUGCCAUCAGGUUACAGUGUGUUUUGAUGUGCGUUGGAUUGGCAUCCUAGCUUUGCCCCCCUCUGGCUGGUCUAUCACAGGAGGAGUGCUAUGACUGUUUUUGCAUCCCCCAGUGAGUCCCAGAGUGUAAACAGACAGACGGAUGCCCUUGGGGCUGUUACCUUGACACACAGAUCAACCACGACAGGGGCCGUGUUCCACCCAUUGAAUCCCCAAACCCACCUGGGGCCUGAGUUGCAGCAGUGGGGAUUACACACACACACACACACACACACACACACACACACACACACAGUUUAUGAUUCCCUUUUGCUACCUCUCUAGUUGCCAUGACAGUGUCCUCUGGGUAGUGCCAGGCGGUCCUUGUUUCCUGUGUGGGAUUGGGAUUUAGAGGGGACUGCCCACCUUAGGUUGGCACUGCCAGCCUCUAACAGCCGCAGGAGAGCAUGGGAGAGGCCUGGAGUGCAGUGUCUUCAUCCCAGAUGAUCCCCUCUGGAGUGGGGCCUCCCUGUUGUUUAUCAGGGGCCAACACACUGUCCUCCCAUCAACAAGAACAGGACUCCCACCUAGAGAGGAAGAAGGGAGAGAAAGAGGGAGAGAGAGAGAGGAAGGGAUGGAGCGUAGAGAGACAGAAGAGUGAAAGCUCUGUGUAGUAGACCUACCUUAUGGGGAAUUACUGUAGGAGAGAGUUAGUGGAAGACUGUAUUGUUUUAACCAGACCUGGUUUGUCAGUCUGGUUGUCAAUAAGAAAUCUCCAACAUUGCUCGUCCCUGUCCAGUUCACUGUGUUGCUGACAUGUCUUACAAACAAUACUAUGUCUAAGCCUAUACAUCUUUUCUUUUCUGUACUUUCCUUCACAACCCCAGUUUCACAACCCCAGUUUCAUUUUAUGACCUUAAGAAGGGAAAUGUAAUCUUAGUGUACAGUCUGUACUCCCCUUAGUUAGAGUAAUGUAACCCACUGAGAGGUCUCUGUAGUUGUCAAGGCCUUAGUCGGAGCCCCGGGCACUGGGUUAGUGUGGUGACUGAAUGGUUAUUGCCCCUCUAACAGAGCUCUGUGUUGUUAUUGCACAGUGGGUGAGGUCCAUCUUCAAAGGAAGGAACCCACACACACCUGUCACUGUCAGAGUGACUGUCAGAGUGACUGUCAGAGUGACUGUCCGUGGCAUCAAGACUGUCGUAUACCAUCUCACAACAAGUCGUCCAAUGUGUACAUUACUGUGUUUCCUCAAUACCAGCCUGUCUUAUAGUCUAGGCUCUAUGGUCUAGCCAUUUAUUUAAAAUUAUUUUGCAUGUAAAAUCAGAGGGAGCAAUAAAAGACAAACAUGAGUAGUGAAGUGAAACAUAAUUGUGCAGAAACCCUAAGGAUUUAUGAGAGUGUCCUAUCCCAAACGAUCAUAUAAAGAAUUAAUAAAAAAUAUAAUAAAUGAAAACAUACCUACUACUGUAAUUCUACGAUUUUUUCCGAAAUAAUUGUUACUUCACUGAACGAUAACUGGCUGGCUCCUGGUCUUUGGUUUUGGAUUAUUUCACGCAGCGAUUAGAGACUACUUUAAUCUAGAGCUAACAACUUUGACGAUAAAUCACGGUGCACCUGUCCUUGAGUUCUCAGGACACUGAAGGCAUCGAGUGUAUCUGUUAUUUUACGAGGCCUCCGUAAACUAACACACUGUCAUGCCUCGGAACAGCCUAGUCUACGAUUUAUUGUAGCACGUGUAGACUAAAAUAUGCUAAAUGGAAAAAUGCGCGUUUUAACAUGAUUUAAUGCAAUGUGUGGUUAUUUGUGCAGUUCAUAGGCAAAGACGACGUGGCCGUGCCCACCCACUUCUUCAAAGUCAUCCUCGUCAGGAAGGACCAAUCGGCAUCGGGCAAUUUUGCGAACAACCAAUCGGCAUCAGAAACCUUGGCCCUCGGACCAUUCAUCGUACCCAACCGGCCAAUCGGCUUCAAGCGUCCACUAACAGACUUCCAGGUGAACCUAUCCGAGCAUGCAGAACAUGUCGGGCCUGACCUUCUUCCCCAAGGUGGAGUGGACAACUCUGAGCCUUCCCAACCUGUGCAACAAGGACUUUAAGGAGUUCACCCUGUACCUCACGGGCAGGAAGGUGGGCAGUGCCCGCACCACGGUGAAGCUAGAGAAGUUCAUGGCGGAGCUAAAAGAGUAG